GAGGGUUUACUGUGGAGACGAGCGAAAGCAACGCACACAUAUACACACAGACACACACACAUACACACACACUACACACAGACACACAUAAACGCAACAUGGCUGAAUGCAAUUGUCGCGGCAAGUGUGCAACUUGUCCCUGUGCAAAGGCCAAAGAUCCAUGCACAGACGCAUGUCACAAGGGCAGCCCCAACGAAUCGUGCAUUAACUUCCAAGAAGCGCUGCAGGUGAAGGCCAUGAGCGUAUCGGAAAUUAGGAAAGCUUUGGCAUCGUACGGGUUGUCGCCAAUUGGUGACAAGAGUGAGCUUAUGCCGAGACUGGCACAUCACCUGCGCAAUCAGAAGGGCGAUAGUGCCGUGAAGGAAGAAACUCCUUCAGCCGGUGCCGGGGGCGGCAAUGCCAAAACGUUAAUAGACGACAUCAUACGCUACCAGGACGAGCACGCCAUUCUGCUGUCACUUGCUGGAGUGCCCAUCACAUCUGCGAGCUCUGUGGCGGCUAUGCGUAAAGCGUAUCUGAAGCUGAGUCUAAAGAUUCAUCCCGACAAGCACGAUAGCAGUGCCGAGAGCAAGGCUGCUUUCCAGGCACUCGUCAAUGCGUUUGAUACGCUUUCUAAUCCAGAGGAGGAAGAUGACGAUGUACCAUCGGGCAAGCGCAAGAAGGCUGAGCGCGUGGAGCGAUCGAAUGACAAUUGCUACGAGACUCACAUCUACUGCCCCAAAUGCCACAUCCCAUGGAACACGCCGGACCUCGGUCUGGAGAAGGGGGCAUAUAACUUUUUCAUGAUGGGUAUUAAGCAGUACGGGUGCGGUGGCUGUCUGCUGCGCUUCGGCUGUGUCACCGCUGUUCAUCACUGCCCAUUGUGUGAUAAGGAAUUCGACUACGAUCCAAGUGACUACCAUCGACAGAUCAAUUGCGGUAACGCGAAAUGCACAGGCAAGUUCGGGUUCUGGUACCAUCCCGUCUCUGCGUUGCGAGAGCGUCGCAUUCGCAGUGAAGUGAAGGCGGAGCAAGAGAAGGAGCACAAGCGACGCAACCAGCGCAUCAGAAGGGCCGGACGCGCGAAGGACAGGGCACCCGGUGAGUCAUGCGGCCCUGUUCUAGGGUUUUAG